CAACAAGCUUCACUGCUUCACAGUCUUACUUACUCCUACUACUUCAACUCCAACUCCAACUCCAAAAAGCAACAAAACAAAGUUAGUUUCUUCCUUCCGUCAAGUAAGAUCAUCUCUCCUUGUUUUGAUUUUUACUGUAACUUUAAUUGGUGGAUCUUCUUUAAUCAUUUUGAUCACUUAAAAGAGAAAGAAGAAAAGAAAACCCUUUUUCCCCACUAAUUGCGGGAAAUCCAAAUCAUUUAUUUCCUUCUAUCUUGCAGGCAGACCCCCACACCCACACCCAAAACUAAAGUUAGGGUUUUUUCCAAAAUCAGUUUGUUUUUUCUUUAUUCUUUUUGUAGAUAGAUUAGGGUUUAUUGGUUGAUCUUGAAAUAAGAUAUAAAAGGUUUGAUUUUUAUGUGUUGUUUCAAUGAUCGGUUGGGCUGUGGUGGUUUGUAAUGAGAAAUGAAGUUACAUAGAGAUAUAUUUGAGAAAUGGGUUGUCUAUUUACAAAGGAGAAAACUUUGCCAUCAUCAACAACAUCAACGAGAGUUGAUUUGGAGGUGAAACAAGAAGUAGUCUCAUCUGAGAUUAUUACUGAGAAAGUUGAAGUUGAGAAUGGUGAGAAAUUGGUAGAAGAAGAGAAACAACAACCAAAACCACCACCCAAGACAGAAAAGAAAAAAUCAUCUAAGGCAAAUACUAGUACUAGUAAGCUUAGUAGUACUCUUCCCAAAAAUGUUUAUGGUAGUGGGCAACUUGUUGGUGGGUGGCCAGCUUGGUUAUCAGCUGUUGCUGGUGAAGCUAUUAAAGGAUGGACUCCUCGACGAGCCGAUAGUUUUGAGAAGCUCUGUAAGAUUGGACAAGGAACGUAUAGUAAUGUAUACAAAGCAAGAGAUACUUUGACGGGAAAGAUUGUAGCAUUAAAGAAAGUUAGGUUUGAUAAUUUAGAACCUGAGAGUGUAAAAUUUAUGGCUAGAGAGAUACUUAUAUUGAGAAGAUUGGAUCAUCCUAAUGUUAUAAAGUUAGAAGGGUUAGUGACUUCAAGGAUGUCGUGUAGUUUGUAUCUUGUAUUUGAAUAUAUGGAGCAUGAUCUUGCUGGUUUAGCUGCAAGCCCGUCGAUUAAAUUUACGGAGCCUCAGGUUAAGUGUUAUAUGAAUCAACUGUUGUCAGGGCUUGAACACUGUCACACAAAAGGUGUGUUGCAUCGGGAUAUCAAAGGGUCGAAUCUCCUUCUUGAUAAUGAAGGGAUGCUUAAGAUUGCAGAUUUUGGUUUGGCUUCAUUCUUUGAUCCUAAUCACAAGCAGCCUAUGACUAGUCGAGUGGUUACUUUAUGGUAUAGACCUCCAGAGCUCCUUUUAGGGGCCACUGAUUAUGGUGUAGGUGUAGACCUGUGGAGUGCAGGUUGCAUUCUAGCCGAAUUAUUGGCUGGUAAACCUAUCAUGCCUGGGCGGACAGAGGUGGAACAAUUGCAUAAAAUUUUCAAGUUAUGUGGAUCACCUUCUGAAGAAUAUUGGAAAAAGUCAAAACUUCCACAUGCUACCAUAUUUAAGCCUCAACAACCGUACAAGCGGUGCAUAGCAGAGACAUUUAAAGACUUCCCUCCAGCAUCACUGCCACUAAUUGAAACUCUUCUUGCAAUUGACCCAGCUGAGCGCCAAACUGCAACUGCUGCAUUGACGAGUGAAUUUUUCACAACGAAACCCUACGCAUGCGAUCCGUCAAGUCUUCCACAAUAUCCUCCAAGCAAGGAGAUGGAUGCUAAGUUACGCGAUGAAGAAGCUCGAAGGCUUCGAGCUGCUGCUGGCAAAGGCAAUGGUGAGAAGAAAAUUCGCACUCGUGAUCGAACCAUGAGGGCUUAUCCUGUUCCAGAAGCCAAUGCAGAGCUUCAAGCCAAUAUAGAUAGACGCCGUCUAAUAACACACGCCAACGCAAAGAGCAAAAGUGAGAAGUUUCCACCACCACACCAAGAUGGAGCACUUGGCUUCCCAUUGGGUUCUUCACAAUACAUGGAUCCUACAUUUGAUCCUCCUGAUGUUCCGUAUAGUUCCACGGCAUUGACAUACCAGAAAGGGCCAUUACAAAAUUGGUCUGGUCCACUGGUGGAUCCUACUGCCAAUGGCAAUUCAAGAAGGAAGAAACAGACAGCUAGUGAUGCCCGUGCACGCUCCAAACCGCCAACCAAGGAAUCUCAGAAAGAUAAAGGUGGUAUUAAGAUCAGAGGUAACUGAGUGAUUCUGUAAACUUGUCAAGUUAUACAUGGUCAUAUUUAUAACCAUGAGAUGCAUAUUCUGUUAUACAUAAUACCCCGAAACGUCCUAAUUGAAGAGUACCCAGGGGUAAAAGGUCUGAUGUAUCACAUAUAUAGAUCUUUUCUUUUUAGUAUUCAGAUUUUUUUUUUCACAAUUGACCUUGUUAUGUAUAUCAAAAUUAUUAUUUAUGUACUCCAUUGAAAAAGAACCAGCUCUGAUUAGACUAGUAAAGUAUCCCAAUAAAUGUCACUGAACAUUUUUGUCUU